AUGACUUCAUCUCCAUCACCAUUUACUACUAAUACUGGCAAACUUCAAGUCUUACCCUCACCUACUACAUUAUUAUUUACUCAAUCAAUCAACAAUAAUGUUAAUCUUAAUAAUAUGGGAAGUAACAAUCAAAAUAUGCGUCAAACAAGUCUACAAAAUGGAACGAUACUUCAACAGCCAAUGACUAGUGGAUUAAUGACAACACCAACAAGUAUUGUUCGGGUUAAUCAACCACAAAAUAUGCAGCAACAUCCACAUACAAUAAGUCAGGGACAAUAUGUACCUCAAACGAUUUGGACUAAUAAUAUAUCACAAACAUCUCAACAACAACAACAAUUUACAUUACAAAAACAAACUCAUCAGCAAGCUACUGUUCAAUAUACGACUGUCAAAAAUGAACCUAUAACAAUCAGUGGAAUGCAAUCACACUCGUCUUUAAUACCGACUAAAGUUAUUACACAACCGGUUGUUCGUCAAACAGUCACAGCACAACAGACAACACAAUAUACAGAAUCUCAAAUAAAUGAUUUUGUAUCUAAAUGUCGAACAUUUCUAACUACGCUACUUCGAUUAGCAGAAAAGCAAGCACCAGAAAAAUUACCCAUGGUACGAUCUUGUAUUCAAGAACUUUUGGAUGGUUCGAUUGAUCCAGAAUCAUUUACCCAACGACUUCAUACACUCUAUAAAUCACAACCACAUAUAUCACUUGUUCCAUUUUUUAAAUUAGCAUUGCCACAUAUGCGUCAAAUCGUUAAAAAUACAUUUGGUCGUCCAAUUACUAUUGAAUUAUUAGAAAAACUUCAAUUGCCAACAAGUAAUAACAAUAAUAAUAAUAAUAAUACGACACAGAUAACAAAUGUAAACGUUGUAAAUCAAUCAUUAUUAAAUCAUCAACAACAACAUUCAGCACCUAUUUUACAACAACCAUUAUAUACAACAGUACAACCUCAACAAAAAAUUAAUAUUCUUCAGCAAACUCCUCAACAAACAUUAAUUGGUUCUACAGCAUCAUUACUCAGUCAACAACAACAACUUCAACAGCAAGCACGAACACAAAUUAGUAUUACUGGUCUUCGUCCAUUACUCACAUCCCUAUCUUCAACAUCAAAUUCAAGUCUUCUUAGCGGACAACAACAAGUUCAAUCAGUAACACAAAUGAUACUUCAACAACAACAACAACAACAACAACAACAAGAUUCACAUUCACAACGAUCAUUUAUAUCGUCGACAGCAACACUUCAACAACCACAAAUUAUAACGGUGAAUCAUCAGCCAAUUAAAACUGAAACAAUUCAUACUCAACCAUCACCUUUAACAACAAUAUCCUCGAUGCAGCAAAAAAUGAUUAUUAAAACUGAAGACGAUACAUCAGAUGAUAAUAAUUCUAGCAUUAUGGAUACACGCCAUUUAACACACGACGAUCGAUUAUUAUCUUCAGCUACUCUACGUCGACGUUUACAUGAACUAGCUGACAAAGAUAAACGAUUAACCGGUAUGGUAAUUCAUGAUGAUGCUGCCUAUGCACUUAUAUCCAAUGCUGCACAGGAGAGAUUGAAAUAUCUCUUAGAACAAGUUAAAUUAGUUGCACAACACCGCAUCGAUAUAUCUAUGAAGAAUGAUCCAUCAUAUCAACAAACAAAUGAUGUUAAAGGACAAAUAAGAUUCCUUGAAGAUUUAGAUAAAAUUGAAAAACAAAAAAAAGAUAAAUUAGAACAAGAAAAAAUCUUUCGAGCUGCUAAAAGUCGUUCGAAAACAAAUGAUCCAGAAGCAGUAAAAUUAAAACAAAAAGCUAAAGAAAUGCAACAAGCGCAAUUCGAAGAACAACGCCAAAAAGAAGCUAACGAGACAGCAUUAGCUGCUAUUGGAAAGCCGAAAAAACGUAAACUCGAAGAAAGUACUAAUCAUCCUCAUCCAACCACAACAGCUUCGAAUGGACCCGAGCAAAUAUCUCCCAUUCAACCAUCACCAUCAUCAUCAGGUGUUGCAAAUUCGACGAAUACUCAUCCAAAAAUGAAAACUGCUAAACGUAUAUGCCGUGCCAAUCUUCGCGAUUUGUUAAGUAUCAUGGAACGAGAUAAAUAUCUUAAACGAACAACACUUCUUGUUAGAGCACUUAAUAUGUCCAAAGAUAUUGAGAAAGAAAAAGAGAGCUCAACUGUAGAAAAUGAAACUGGUGGUUUAGAAACAGCAUGCUAUCGUCAAUGUCAUGGAGAAUUUUGUUUGACAUCAACUGUGAAUCAUUUUGUACAUGAAAUACCGUUGGAUUUUUCACCAUUUCUUGAUUCUCUAGCAAAUUAUACACCGACAACAUACAAACGCAUUGAAGCUCUACUUAAAUCAGAUCAUUCAAUUGAUCGAGUGAAAAGUUUAAUUCUAAAUAAACAUAUUACCUGCAAGGAUCUAUGUUUGUAUUAUUUAAAACGCAUACAAAUGACAAAUAAUUAUUAUAAAGUUAUUAUUGAACUUAAUCCACAUUUACUUUCGGAAGCUCAACAAAUUGAUGAACAGAUAAACGAAAAUAAAGUCAACGAUAAAUUAUUAUUUGGUUGUGUCGCUGCUGUCAAAGGUAAUAUUAGUGUACGUGAUAUGUACAAUGAUGCUGGUUCUUAUGUUCUUCAUGAAAAUAAAAUGAAAGAUGAUGCAUCAAUUAUUAAAAAACUGCGACAACAAGGCUGUGUGAUACUUGGUCGGGCUAACUUAUCUGAAUGGGCUUAUGCAUUGUCGGAAAAUAUUCCAUCGGGUUUCUCAGCUGUAGGAGGUCAAUGUCUUCAUCCAGAUGAUAUACAUGAAGAUGUUAGUGGUUCCUCAAGUGGCUCAGCAGCUGGUAUUAAAUUAAAUUUUUUUACAUUUUCAUUAGGAACAGAAACUCAAGGAUCAAUAUUAUCACCAGCCAUACACACAAAACAUGUUUGUGCUCUCAAACCAUCAGUGAAUGCAUGGCCAAAAGAUAAUAUUAUACCUAUAAAUUAUGAUCAAGAUACCUGUGGCCCGUUGGCACGUACUAUCGAGGACAUUGAAUUAUUACAUCGAAUUGCUACGGAUAUUAAAGAUGAUAAUCAUAGUCGAUCAAUUAGAGUUGGUUAUAUUAUUCAAUCACAAGAAGAUCUCGUCAUACUUCAAAGUCUUUCUCCACUGUUACCAUUAACAACAUUAGUUGAUUUAAAUAAAGAUCCAGUUCUUGCUCAACUCAUUAUACCUAUACUAGAUCCAACACGUACAUGUAAUGUAACCUUUCAAGAUUAUCUUUGUUAUGCACUAGGACGUGAUAUUCCACGAUAUUUAUCAGCUCAUUCAUCGUCUUAUUCUCAUGAAACUCUCUCAUCUAUUGUUGAAUGGAAUUCAUCCCAUUCACAAUAUAUUCCUUAUGGACAAUUAUUAUUUACACAAGCUUUAGAAUCGAAACUAACACAAGAAGCCUAUGAUAAAUAUAGACAAACAGUCGAAGAAGGAUUUCAAUCAUUUAUUGAAUAUCUUAAAUCAAAAUAUUCAAUUGACUGUUUAUUAACAAUGGAUAAUCGAGAUAUAUUUGCUAGUACAGCUGUAUGUGGUACACCACGUGCUACAUUAACACUCGAUUAUUAUAAUCCUGAUCAUCAACAAAUAAAUGUUGUUGCUGUUGGAUUUUCACUCGGCGAUGAUCUUCUUCUUCUUCGUCUUCUUCAGCGCUUAGAAAAAGCUAGGCUUCAAGUAGGAAAAAUUGAUACACGAACAUCAUUUCAAAAAUAUGUUCAACAACCAAUAAAAUCUGCUUAUCAAAAUAAUUGUGUUAUCCUUUGA